CGUUGGCACGAUUUUUCUUCUAUCCUUAAAUCUUUUCGGGAAUUUUAAAACUAUUUGAAAUUCAGACUAUUGAAUUUGCCUCCAGACCCACUAAGAAUUCGCGUCUUCGUCUUCGUCUGGUCUAUGUCCCAAUAUCCUGAAUGUCAGCAACGGCCCUGGGCGUUUGUACAGUGGGUGGUGGUGGCGACGAGGCCCAGAUUGGCGGGGCGAGCCGCGAGCAGGAACAUCGGUGGCGGGCGGUGCGGCGCGGCUCGGUCUCUCACUCUCAGUACUUCAACUGGCAGCUGGUGAGAGGGACGCUACCGUGCUCUCCCGCUCUCCACACCAACUUUAUACUCUUGGUGCCAGUUUCUUGUGACACACAUUUCUGUACUGGUGGUCAUAAUAUGGCAUUAGAAUACUUUUCGUCAUGUUACAGACGUGACUGAUUAGUUUUGUUAUUGUUACUAACUUAGUUACCAAGGCAGAGGCUGAGAGAAAAAGACAUCUCAAGAAUUGUCACGUAUUAAGGCCGAGCCCUGGAAAAUAAUUUGUGAAGUGUUGUAAGUGUGAGUGCCGGGCAAGUGCUGAAACAUAAACAAAAAUGUUGAUUCAUAAUUAUGUGUGACAACGUUCGUGAAUUAAUAUCUUGGUGAAUAUUAACAUUGCCUGGAUAUUGCUGUUUGGAGGAGAGAGAGCGUCCAGCCCGCGAGGCGCCCCGGCCCGCCCAGACGUGGACGCUACUGGCCACGGCCGCCCACAGGAUGCCCUGCCCAGGCCACCCUCUCGUGUUGUUGCACCUGCUGCUGCUGCUGCUGCUUCUGGCCCUCCUUCAGCAUCCGGCGCGCGGAGCGACACCCGUGCGGCCUGAGGAAUGGUGGGAGGGUCGGCCGCGCCCCUACUUCGCUCAUUCACCCGCCAACCUCACUGUCAUCUCCGGCCAGACCGCCUUCCUGCCCUGCCGCGUCCACAUGCUUGGGGACCGAUCCGUGAUGUGGAUGCGGGGGAGAGACCUUCACAUCCUGACCGUGGGGAAGGUGACAUACUCCGCCGACGAGAGGUUCCAGAUACUGCACAGCCACGAGACGGACGACUGGACGCUGCAGAUCCAGUACACUCAGCCCAGGGACGCCGGGGCCUACAAGUGCCAGGUGAACUCCGACCCCAAGAUUGUGAGGAAUGUGUACCUCACUGUUACAGACAAGCGGUUCCUGGACGGACAGCUGUACAAGAUGCCGGCCACUAUCAAGGAGCAAGGUGAGUUCGGGACGCACAUCGUGGGUGGCGGCACCAGGUUCCUGCAGGCGGGGUCGUCGCUGACCCUGGAGUGCGUCGUCACCCACACCCGCGCCCCGCCCUCCGCCGUCUUCUGGUACCGCGACAACGAGGUGCUGGACUACGACUCCCCGAGGGGCGGCAUCUCCCUGGAGGUGGAGAAGGCGGGCCAGCAGACCACCUCGAGGCUGCGGAUGUCGUCGGUGCGGGAGAGUGACUCGGGAAACUACACAUGCGUGCCCGUCAACGCGCCCACCGCCGCCGUCACUGUCCACGUCAGCACAGAUGAGCUGCGGGCGGCGGUGCACCAAGGCGGCCUGAGCGGGGCGCGGCGAGUCCUUCCUUUAGGCAGUGGGGGGAGGGUACUGUCCUUCCUGCUGGUGGCGGUGGCGUGGCGGUGGGUGCUGUGCCUCACGUAGCAGCCUGGAGCACGCUAAGGUCAGCGGCGUGUGUCUCCCUCAACGCCUGGGUGUGUGGCGGCCCCUGGAGGAGUAGUGUGGCGCCCCUCAGCAGCACGCCUGGCACACACACACACACACACACACACACACACACACACACGUUUCACCCCCCCCCCCCCCACACACACACACAUACACACACAUUUCUCCCCUCCCCCAACACACACACAUAC